AUGGCGCGCGGAGAGGAGAUGGAGCGGGCGCUGGCCGAUGCCAACCCCGAACCAGUCCCUGCGGUGCGGAGGCCGUCCCACAAGAAGUGCCUCAUUUGUGUAUUCCAUGACGAUGACGAAGACCCAGUCGAGAAGCACUUCGGGCGGACCGUGUAUAUGUCCUGGGGCAAGCCGGCGGGGGCCAACGGCGAGACCCAAGGCUUGACGAUGACGGUGUACGCUAACAACCUGGGCCGGGACGACGCCCGGCACCAGCUGCACCUCAGCUUGCAGAAGACGCUGAUCAAGGCUGCUGCGCAGAUGGACGUCACGGAGAGCUUGCAGGCUGUCACGAAGAAGCCUGGGUACGAGGAGUGGGACUACGACGAAUACAUGGCUGAGAACGACGGGAAAAUUCAAACGCAGAAGGGCCACUACAAGUCUGUCGACAGCGGGGGCGCAACGGUCGUUAUCGUCCCAGACAAGAAGUUCAAGCGAGUAGAAUUCAAUUCCGUGCAGAGCGUCAACAAGAAGAUCAAGCUCGGCCAAGUGGCGGACGAGGGGGGCAACGUCGACACGCGCAUGAGGGCCAUUGCGGAUUCGUUCGUCCCAGACUUCGGCGGCACGUUCUUGCAGGGCGAUGCCGUGGGCGCCGUGCUCGCGGCUUCCGACGGCGACCCCGCCACGUCGCCGCCGACGUCGGCACGGGCGAAGGGGGCUGGCAUCAGUGGAUCUAUGCUGGGCGCGCGCCUCGCCCCGCAGCAGGCCGACGAUGGAGGGCGCCCGACGAUUGCCGGGGAGGAGUCCAGCAACGCGGCCGCGGCCAAGCCGAAGGCGAAGCCGAAGGGCAAAUCCAACCAAGGGCAAGGACCCCGCGGCCGCCCGAAGAAGCCCUUGGUUCAAAAGGUUGAGGAGUACGAGGAGCAGUUCUCUUCGUCCCUGCCGACAGACGCUUGCUGGUGGGGGUCCGAGGUCAAGUCCAUCCUCGGCAGCUUGAGGGACAUCGCCAAGGACAUCGACAACCGCUUGAAAAAGGAGCCCGACAGUGAGGAGAUCGAUAAACUGACGAUCGCCAGGAAGAAGCUCACAGCGAUCAUGGCCAUCGUGGAACAGGCGAGCAAGACGAGCUUGGACGACGACUCCUUCAAGGACACUUACGACAUGACCGUCACGAAGCUCCAGUUAGAGCCAACGGCCACCCUGCAGUUUCCACCGCACGUAUCUUAUGCGCGGCACAAGUUCGACAUCCGUAGCGUCUCAUCGAUUGGCGCGUGGCUAGUGCAAGUGAGUUCAGCGUCGUUGCGGAAGGCUGGCCUGGCGAACGUCUCAGAGGAGCAGGAACGCUUGUGGUCCGAGCGUAUGUCUACAAUUUUGAAGAUGAAGGACGCUGACAUGAACUCGACCUUCGACGAGCUGUUCGCCGAGGACCGCGACUUCGACUUAGAGGAUGACGCCAUGUCGUUCCUCACCGCCUUCGGGGUGUGCUGGUGCAUGUUCUCGUAUGUCGACCUGGACCUGCUCGUCGAGCUGGGGAAGGAGGCCGUGGAUACGCUUGACAAGGCCGCGAAGCCCACGACUGGAACCCAGCUCGGGGGCGCGCUCAUGGGCCUCCCCAGGGGGCGGAAGCUGCUCGAGUCGUUCCGGGCGCACGUGGCCAAAGCAGAGCAUACGCAGGGGAUCAUUGCAUCUCUGGCAGCCCCCAUGAACAAGUUCAAGGAGACCGCGGACGCCGUAUUGCCACACAUCGGCGCAACCAACGUCGCGUCGCUCGGCGAGCUCCGCGCGGCGUUACUUGAGCUGCGUUCGGACUUCGAGGCGAAGGUGCCGCUGUGCCUGGCGUCGUUCAAGCCCGACUUCUCGAAGGGCGAGCGUUGCGAGCACUUCUUGCACCUGGCGUCAAGCGUGCGCCUCGCGUGGGUUGACGUCUUGAAGCCCGUCAUGAGCGGGGGGGCCACCUUGGAGACCUUGGCGACUUGGGUAGAGCAGUCCAGCGCAUCACGAAACAGGAUGCUCGACCUCACUUCCACGCUUGUGCAGUGCAAGGUGGUCUUCGGCAGUAGCGCUGACCUAACAGCCUGCGACUUCUUCCUGAAGUUGAUUGAGUGCCUGGUCGAGUGCGGUGCAACGAUCACCAAGCAAGAUGCCACGAUUGAGGACGCCCAGAAGAUGCAGAAAAACUUCGAGGCUGUCUUCCGUUCGAGCAACGACGCCGUCGGGGAGGAGUUCAAGAAGUCCAUGCAGGAUCUUGCGUCUUCGCCAUUGUUCUCGCCUGAUGGGGCUUUUCAUCAGAAGAUAGCAUCGUGUCUGCAUGCCCACGGGCGCCCCAUCGUUCAGGCCUUGGCUGACGAAGUUCAGAAGAUCUUCAAGGAGUUCCCACUCGAUAAUUUUUCUCUGGCAGGGGCAGACGCGCAGAAGGCCGCGGCGCUGGCCGACAGCGUCCUCCCGGACCCGAUCGUGAACAACGUCGUUAAGUGGGCCACGUCAUGUGGAGAUCCCGUGCUCCUGCAGCAAGCGCUCUACCUGUCCAACUCGCACGCGUUCGCGAAGUCGCUGGCCGCGGCUCGCGUCCUGGGCGAAGAGGUACUCAACCAUGCCAAGAUCGACAAGAGGGCGAUCACGCAGGCGCAGGUUAACGUCUUGAAAGACACGCGGGCUCGCCAUGCUGGAUUCGAGGCCUUCCUGAAGGAGAAUGCCAAGCAGCUCGGCGACUGCGAGUCCGUGGACGUGGCUUCCCACAUUCCGAUCUUAAAGCAGUUCGUCAAUCCCAAAGCUCUCGGGCCUGUCUUGUUGGAACAAUCGCUGACUAUCCAAAGUCGGUUCGCAGAGACCUGGACCAAGGACCUCGAGUCCCUCUGCGAGCAGGUUGAGGCGUCUUGCCCCAAUUAUGCACCAGUGAGGGAGUCAUUACUCAGUAAUGACGUGAUGAUUGAGACAUUGACGAACAAUCCCAAGUACGGCGGCAUCGGCAAGCUCACGUCUUUGAUGAAGGAGUACAGGCGCUUGGUCAAAGUCCUUCACGCCGAUCGUCAGCCCGCCUUGAUAUCAGCGGAGGUGAUGAAGAAAACCAAGGAGCUCAUCGACCUUGGAGUUGAGACAGUGGCCUUUACAUUCUUCAUAUGGAAAGUGAAGGUCGCGUGGAAGGACGUGGUCAACCCCACGCUGGCCAAGAAGAGCGUCGAGCAGCUUCGGCUCGAGCUCAAGCCGAGCGGCGUGACGCUGACCCAGCAGAUGGAGGACUACUUGAAGGCGUGGGAGGACGGCGUCGCGCCGUCGGACGCGGUCGCCGACCGCGACGGCACCGCGAAGGCUGCAGACGUCGCCUCUACCCCCGCCAGUUCGACGAGCGGGCCUCCUGCCGCGGCCGGGGCUGCGCCGCCAGCUGAGGCCGCCGUCGGGAAGAAGAAGUCGCUCGCCGAGCGAGCCAAGGAGGCCAGGGCCAAGAGGAUCCGCGCGGCUUGCCACGGGUGGACCGAUCGUGGGUUCGCAGAGUGCCAGCCCCACAGCUUGCGAGCCAUCGACACCACUCUCCAGAGCGACGUGCAGAUGCUCCAGACUACUGCAGUGCCCGACAGCAGCAGGGCCAACGUGAGCCGGUACGACCAGUGGAUCGGUGUGAACAUAGCCCGAGCACCUGGUGGCUCACCAUUGCUGGUGAAACGACUCCAAGAGGCGACGGCCAUGGUGAGUGCCAUGGCAACCCAGGUCGUGUCCACAAUCACGGGCGUGCCGUACGCCAACAGGGCCGAGUUGAAGUCCCUGCCCCCUGGCAGCGCCCUAGGCCUGUCGCGGCUCUGGGAGGCGCUGAGGUCGGCCAAGAAGCCCCUCAUCGUGCACACGCCGAAUGACCUGCUCUUCCUGCUCGCCGCCUUCGAGCAGCGGCCCCUGCCCCGAGACCCCGCGGCGCUGGCCCAGCUCGUGUGGAGCUGCUUCCCGUAC